CAAUGCCGUCAAAUAGUCUUAGCCUGUGGCUUAACGCAACUAAAAAUGCUAGGGAUACCAGGAGAGGAGUUACUAUUCGUUACACACAGUUUAUCAGAUUUUAAAAAGAGACUAAAGUGUAGCAAAAGGAGAGGAAGGCCUGGCUCAGCACUAGUUGUCGGAGCUGGUAUGACAAGUGCUGACGCUGUGCUAUACUGUCUCGAUAAUGAUAUUCACGUGAAUCACUCCUUCUAUCAAGAUCUAAGUAAAGCUAAUAAUCUAUUAUUAUCAAAGCUGCCUUCUGGAUACUACUUGGAAUAUCAGAGGGUAUGGAAGCUAAUGAAGGGCCUGGAAACCUCUCACCUCUACACUCCACUUGAAGGAACAAGAGUGAGAUCCUUUUCCACGAAUGGAGAGACGAUUCUUACUAGCUCAAGUGAGAUAGAACAAAGCCUUGCUACAUCAGUAGGUAUGAUUGCAAUCGGGAGUCAAGCAAAUUUAGGAUUCCUACCUCAAGAUAUUAGCAGUGUCCUUGGUAUCGAUCCAAGCCAAGCUAUUGACAGUAAAAAUAAUUCAGUCGAUAUCGACUCAUUCUUGUCCCAGAGUGAGAGGGUUCCUAAUCUAUAUGCACUGGGUCCUUUAGCUGGUGAUAAUUUCGUCCGAUUUUUAUUUGGGAGCGGUUUAGCUUGCGCUAAAAGCAUCCAAAACUCACUUUGCAAAACCAAUCUAUCACCAACGCAAUCUAUACUGUCUUCUACUCAAACAAACGACAGCACAAUUUUAUAAUGGUAUUUUGCAUUCAUCAUAUUGCAGUACUCCAGUUUUGCCGAUCCAUAUUCAUGUUUGAUUUGUGUACAAUGAUCAUGUCAAUAAUGUACAAUCGUGUUUUUAUCAAAUAUAUUUUCUUUGUUUAUUA